AAUUCCAUAGGUUUUAUUUUGGGUUCAGGGAUUUAAACCAUAGUCAGAAACAGAAUGAUCCAGUAGUUGUAUCUUUCACAGACUGUGAAGGAAGCAAUGUCUAAAUAGGAUAGACAAAUAAGUGCUUUGCUCUGUACCCAAAGAACCACAAAAAAUAUCAGAAGCAGAAAUACGUUUGCAUGAUAUUUAACUUUCCAGAUAUUAACAGGUGCAGAAUUCUCAGGCCAGAGAAGCCUAAACAGAGCUGGCUGGAGAAAACAGAAGGGCAAGAAGCAGGUUGUCAGUUUGUUGCUGUUUCUUAACUGAAUUUACUAUAUAUAUUAACAGGAAUCUGAAGAACACUGACAGAACAAAAGAGACUCAAUAGUGAGGUAUUGGAAGAUUUUUCAGAAGACUAGAGAAAGGGGAGUGCUGCAACAUUUAUCUAAGUUUUGUUUAUUUUGCUUGACUCUAACAACCCUUCUAUUUAAGGUCAGCGAUGGGCAGUUUUUUCCUAGUACAGCAGGCAAUAGGUUGGUGUCGUGUUCGGCUGCCGGUUGUUGUGACUCAGAGAUUCUGUACCAUGUCUUCUCAAAGACAUUGGAUGUCUCCCCCUGCAUCUCUACUACAGCCACUAACUGUUCCAGAAAGAUUAUUAUUAGGACCUGGGCCUUCCAAUUCUUCUCCACGGGUCUUAUCUGCUAAUAGCCGACAACUCAUAGGACAUCUACACAAAGAGUUGAUUCAGAUAAUGGAUGAUAUCAAGGUGGGAAUCCAGUAUAUAUUCCAGACACAGAAUCCUCUCACACUGGCUAUCAGUGGCACAGGCCACUGUGCAAUGGAAGCCGCCUUCUUGAAUUUGGUGGAACAGGGAGACAAAGUCUUAGUAGCUGUGAAUGGAUUUUGGGGAGAACGAGCAACUGACAUCGCAAGCAGACUUGGAGCUGAAGUACAUCAAUUGGUAAAGGCUCCUGGAGAAUAUUUUACUUUAGAAGAAAUAGAAAGGGGCUUGAUGCAGCAUGCUCCCUUUUUAUUUUUUAUCACACAUGGAGAAUCUUCCACUGGAGUAGUUCAGCCACUGGAUGGCCUGGGAGAUCUCUGCCACAGAUAUAAUUGCUUGCUACUGGUAGAUGCUGUGGCAUCAUUAGGUGGCAGUCCAAUACUUAUGGACCAGCAAGGUAUUGACAUUCUGUAUUCUGGCUCCCAGAAAGUUUUAAGUGCACCACCUGGUGCUUCUCCCAUUUCUUUCAGCAACAGAGCCAGAAAGAAGAUUCAUACUAGGAAAACAAAACCAAUUUCCUUUUACCUGGAUGUGGAAGAGCUAUCUACAUACUGGGGCUGCGAUGGUAAUCCAAGAAAGUAUCAUCAUACUGCACCUAUCAGUACAUUCUUCUGCUUGCGAGAAGCUUUGGCAAUUUUUGCAGAAAAGGGACUAGAGACGUCCUGGAAGCUUCAUAAAGAAAACAGCCUCUAUCUCUGUGCAGGACUGCAGAAGUUAGGUCUCAAACCCUUUGUGAAAGAACCAGAUGCAAGACUUCCAACAGUCAACACUAUUUUUGUGCCCGAGGGAUAUGACUGGAAGGAAAUAACUGAAUAUAUUAUGAAAAAUCAUGCGAUUGAGGUGUCUGGAGGCCUGGGUCCUUUAGCAGGCAAGGUUCUUCGCAUUGGACUGAUGGGCUAUAACUCCACUAAACCCAACGUUGACAGAGUCCUCCAAGCCAUGGGAGAGGCCCUCCAGCACUGUCUCAAGAACAAACUCUGAGUUCCUUCUUUUCACUUUCUCAUUCUUCAAUCUGCUUUGUGUAGAAGCAGCCAACCAACUGUUCUCUUCUACAGUUCAUUUGUCAAGAGAGCAGAGUUAAUGAACCAAGGUACUGGAAAAGCUUUCUGCACAAGUUUCUUAAUUGCAUAAUUCAAAAAUACAUAUGUAGCUACAGGUUACAUUUUACACAAGGAUAAAAUCUGUUUUCAUUUCAAUUAAUUUUUACUCACUAAUGUAAUCAAAUUAUAUUCAAAUUACUAAAUGGGAUUUGGCUUAUUGUCAUUCCUUUUGCAUCUCUGCACUGAAUGUAUAGUCUUGUGCAAAGUGGCUAAUGUUUAUAUCAUAGACACUUUGAAUAGCAUGCAGGUGUAUCUAUACCAAUUUUUAUUUUUCCUAUUAUAGCUUCCUGUUUUUGAUUGUGAUACUGACUCUUCUAAACUUGAGUAAAUUAUUAUUGGAAAUUGUUGUACAUGCAAUACUGAGAUACACCUCUUUCAGCUAUAAGUUAUAAGUAUGGAAAGCCACCAUUGUGACCGAAUGAGUGACACCAAUGGAGUUAACUUGGAAAGAUAACUUGGAAAUCAUCUGCCCAGCAAGACACUCUUGUUAUUCAGAAAGCAGACUAAGUUUGAAUCACUCAGUGGUUCAUUCCCCAUACCACCUCCUGCUUCUAGAAAUUUUGCAAUGAUAGAACAGUUUCUAAACAACUAUAUGGCAUUUGUCAUAAUAUUUAAAAAAAAUAUUUUAAACAGUAUCUGAAUAUUCAAAAGUAAAAAGAACCUGGGAAUAAGAAUUAUGAUAAAUAUCAUCCAGCAAACUUACUACAUUAGAUAACAUUCCAUAUAAGUUACAACAAAAUGCUGUCAAAGAAAGAAUGUUUUUCAUUUAUUAAAUAUAUAGUUUUAUUACUCUCCAGUACCAACUUAAACAUUUUCAUUCUUUAAAAAGUCCCAAAAACUUUGAAAGAAUAGAAGAGCAUAGUUUCCCUUGAAAUCCUGGUGAUUACAUGUUCUUACUGAAAUUGAAAUUUUAUUUAUAACCAGUGACCAGCAAAUUAACUACAAUUAAAACAAUCUGUACAUAGAAGCAUGUUCAAAGUACAGUAAGAGCGAUAAAAUCACCAAAUGGAUGUGCCAGUUAAAAUUUGCAAAGAGAGAGAGAGAGAGAGAGAGAGAGAGAGAGAGAGAGAGAGAGAGAGAGAGAGACUAAGCAAAAUGAAAUAAAGACAAGUAUAAAGACUUCUUAGUGACAGCAUUACAAGAUUUGAGCUUUGUUAUGGCAAUAAUUGCUGAUAAAAACAUGGCAUUCUGUUCAUAAUCUCAGGCUUCUGGUCUGGGAACAGAAAAUAUGCCAUGUUCCUUCAUGGAAAACAUGAUCUCUACUAAAGGAUAGUACAGACACAAUAGCAUGUAAGUUGCAUAGAAGGGACAGUGAAGAAAUAUAUACAACCUCAUUCUGAUCACAGGGCCAAUUUCUCUCAAUGAAUGAAAUUUUAUGAAAUCUGAGAUCCUAUAUUGCCCUGAAGUGAGCCAAGGAAAACGCUCUGUAGUGUGCCGAAUAGGCUAAAUUGAACAGGGUGUUCACAGGUCUAAAAGGUUUCCAAGGAGGAACUCACUCCUGUAGACUGUAGCGCUCAAGUCUGUCUGGUAUGUGAUGCUGAAGAAUCUUUGAUGAAUCUUGGCCUUUACUUUCUCUAGGUGUAGAAAUAGCAAAAAGCAGAUACAAAGUUGCAGUAACACUGGUGAGCUAAGAUACUUACCAUCCAUCUUGAUGCACAGUCUUCAAGGAGAAUUCAUGGGGCUAAUGGGUCGUGGGAAAAAAGUUUGUAGUCAUAUUGUUGUUGGGUUUUUUUUGCAACAGUUUGUCAUACUGCCAUACUUUCUUCUGGGAUAUUCUUUUCAAAUUCUCAUCCUAGAAUUUUAUGCAUGGUUUCCAAAAUGCAUAGUAUAUUUUUAAGGCUAACCAAGGCUGAUUAGUGUUGCUACACUAAUAACAUCUCUACUGCAGUCAAGAAAAUCAAAUUGACAAACAAAAUAGUCAAAAAUCAACUUCAAUCUGAACUCUCACCUUACUUUAAAUAUGCAUUUAUUAGGGCUAAAGAGUGGCAGUACUUUUUAGGGUGUUAUCGAUAAGAUAAACAUAUCAAUUCCUAUGGUACCUAUACUUUCCUUUAUUUACUGUAACAGUUCUUAUAUUUUCUGACAUGCACCAGAAAAUAACUCCACAUGCCACAAACAAUAACAGCUUGGUUGUACUAUCUUGAAUUCUUCAAAAAAAAAAAAAAUGUGCAAAAUGGUGUAGACAUGUUCUGUGUACCUAUCUUGGGAGUGAUUUGUGCUCACAUUGAAACAUGUGUGUUUGGGCCAGAAUGUAACAAGACUGUUUUUAUUCCGCUGAAACACAACUGUUCAAAGCAGUAUUUGGAAGAGAAGAAUGUGAAAAAAAGCAAGAACAUUAGCCAUGGCUGAGGGAGGCAGGGAAGGGAAGUAAUGGGAAGUUUUGGGAGGUAAAAGCUGGUGGGCUAUGUCAUGCUAGGAACACCUGAGAAGAGAGAAGGCAAUUGUUAUAUCCAUCAGUAUUGUCCUACUUGCUCGGGUUUCCUGCUAAUUUUGAUUCAGCUGAAAUCUGGGACAAAAAUGAUUUAAAAAAUUAUGUAGAAUGUAGAACACACACUGAGAAUAGAGUAUAUAUUAAACAGCACAAAACAAUAUAGAAAUAAAAGAAAAUACAAAAAUUUAAUUGACUACUGUUGAAAAUAUCAAGACGACUUUAAUUUAAUUCAAGUUAGGUUCUAUUCUCUUUGCAAAAUAUUUCAAAGGGAAGUUAACUUGAUCAUACAUAAAUGUAGCCAAAGACAGUAUUCCUGAAAUGUCUUGAAUCCCAAGGAAGAGGAAAUAGAGAUGGACUGAAGUGUCUUUUCUUUUUGUUUCUUUAUCCUCCUUAGGAAAUUAAAUGCUGGUUUCGUUAAGAGCAAAUCAACAGUUUUACAUUCUUAAGACUGAUGUCCCCUUUCCCACCAUAGUCAAAAGGCUGAACAUCUGUAAUAUUUUCCCACUUAACAGGAAUUUAAAAACCUAAUUAUGAGCAAUAUAUGGCAAUUUUCAACUUAUUUUACAAGAAUGUAAUUUAAUAUUAUUGUCCCAGAAAGACACAAUCUUAUGCAUCAUUAUAUGGCUAUGUAUGACUGUUAAAUUAUUCAGAAUUAGCCAGCAGCAAGUAUACCAGCAUCUGAACUGAUUAAGAAAGGCACUGCUGCAUUGGAUUAAUAUUCCUAGACUCCAUCAUAUUUGUUCUAAACUAAAUUAAUCAAGAAAACCAUAUACAAAGCAAAAUAACUCAAUCACUGUUUAGCCUCAAUUAUAAAUGGCAUUCUGAUGUUGCCUUUGGCCUCUUCCAUUUCCAAGUCUUAACUUCAUAGCUUUUAAAUUUUAAAUUCUUGCAAUUUGUCUUAUUUUCAAUUAAAUAGACUAGAAUAUUUUGGGCUCAUAUCCAGCUUCUUCAAAAUAAAUCAUUUAUCUAACUGCUUUCUAAAGCAUUUGGGAUACGGCUUAUUCAUGUAAGUACAAUAUCACAAAGAAGACACAAACAACAGGAAAGGGAUUACUGAAGUAAGAGUUAAGGAUAGAAAAGAUGAAGUGUAGAAAACAGAACAGAAAGAGUACGGUGAACUUUACUACGUUAAACAAAAGCUGGUGCAGAAUAAAGAAGAACAUUUACCCUAUGUAUAUUAAAUUUUUAAAUCAACCCUGAAAAUAAGAGGCAAAUGCUCAGAAACUUAAAUUCAUUCAACACUGAGCCACUCUCAACAAAAGAAUUAAGAGAAAACAUUUUAAAAAGUUAUUAUUCUUAUUUUGACAAGUCAUAAGGCGGGCUUGGUACAAGUUCAUUUAUCAUAUUUUUUAAAAGAGAUUAGAUUAGAAAAUGAACCUUAUUUUAGUUAGAACAUUCAGCUUCCUAAAAGGACGUAGCUGAAUGUGCAUAGAUCCAUGCCUACAAUAUAACCUUUGAAUGAAGACUUAAAUAUAUAUAUAUAAAUAGGGCCAAGCAAUUUUAAAUAAUAUUAUCUGAUAAAAGGACAUUUGUUUUUUUUAUUUACAGUGUUUGUACAUAUUUAUAGCAACAUCAAAAAUAUUCACAAUGCAAAGUGCAAAAUGUCACUUUGUUAUCACUUACCAUCUUAAUAUUUCAUCCAUUCACCUUGCCCACCCCCAUUAUCCAGAUUGUCUUAGCAUAGUUUAUAUCUUCCUUCCAUAUACAUAGCCAUUCUAAAAGCAAUCUUCAAAUGUAUAGCUGAAAAUUUGCAUUUCCCAGCUAUAUUCAACACAGGUUUAAGCAUAUCUAUAUUUCAAAAUCAAAGGAUAUGCAUAUGUGUAAAUGGAGUCAUUCCACAGAAUUGGAAGUGCCUGUGUAAUAAUAAUAAUUCAGAGUGCAAAAGCAGUGGUCAAGAUAAAGAAGCACUCCCUAGCCUUUCUCACAGGGAAUGGAUUCAGAUAAUGCUGUCAAGAAAGUGAUUUUUCUCAGUAUUAUUAAGGCUACAACCAAUUGAUGACUUGUGGCUUUACUUCUAAAAUAUUAACUAGCAGGAGAGCGCAUUAUGCAUACCUGCAGAAGUCCGAACCCAAUAAGCUUGUAGCAAUAACAGUGAGAAAUAAUUUCACCUAUUACAUUCCCUGAAUUGCUAUGACUUGCCUUUCAGAGUAAAAGAAAACAUGAAAACCAUAUAUAAAAACUCUAGCUUUAUUUUUGCAGUCUCCCUCCAGCUUAUUAACAGUUCCAGCCGAGGCACAAGCUCUAAAAGUUGCUUUGAUAUAAUGCAAAGUGUCUAGGCAGCAGAAUAUUUAUUAACUAUAAAUAAAUGUUUGGUAUGACUGAAACUGGUGACUGAGACACUCAAUUUAUGACUGGCGCUCUUGUCCCUUGACACCAAUACCUGUGGGCUUAAGACCACAGGAAACUUACUUGGUAAACAACAAGGUAUGAGGCAGAGAUUACAAAAUGAUAUAAAAAAA